GGUUAUAUAUUUUAUUAAUUAAGUAAAUGCAAAAAGGUGAUAAGUAUAUCAAAAUAGCGGAGGAGUUUAUUUCUUUUGUAAAUGAAUCCUACACUCCGUUUCAUGCAGUGAAGACAGCUGCAACAAUGAUCGAAUCAUUUGGAUUUAUGCAUUUGGAUGAAGGAAAGGAAUGGCCUAAGAUUGUUCCUGGAGGGAAAUAUUACAUUACUCGUAACGACACAAGUAUUGUUGCAUUCACAACUGGAGCUAAGUUUAAGCCAGAGAAUGGACUCAAAAUUGUAGGAGCGCAUACCGAUUCUCCAAAUUUUGCCAUUAAACCACAUACUAUUUCAGAAAGUAGUGGGUAUCAACGUAUUGGGGUACAGUGCUAUGGGGGGGGCCUUUGGCAUACAUGGUUUGAUCGGGAUUUGACAGUUGCUGGCAGAGUGAUAGUUGAUCGUGAAAAUCCCGAAUCGGUAUUGAUUCGUAUUAACAAGCCACUUAUGCGUAUUCCAACACUUGCAAUUCAUUUAUGUUCAGUCCAAGAGAGGGAAUCUUUUUCACCAAAUAAAGAAAAGCAUUUAAUCCCUGUAAUUUCCACAAAAAUUGAGGAAGAUCUCAACAAUACUGUAAGCAAUCUUCACGCUAAACACUGUACACCCUUUUUUGAUGCUAUUUGCAAAGAGGCAGUUUGUAAGCCUGAUCAAGUAGUAGAUUUCGAUUUGUCUGUGAUUGACUAUCAGGAGGCCAACAUUGGUGGUGUUAAUGACGAAUUUAUUUUUGCGCCUCGAAUAGAUAAUUUGUUAUCGUGUUUUUGUGCUAUAAAGGCUAUAACAGAUUCCACUGGAAUUGAAGACGAACUCAUGGCAAGAGUGGUGUGUCUUUUUGACCAUGAAGAAGUGGGAUCUAAUACGGCACAGGGAGCGGGUGGCACACUUAUACCAGAUCUUAUUGAACGUCUUAUAGACGAACAAACCUUCCGUUCGAGAUUAGUGGCAAAUUCAUUUUUAUUGUCUGUUGAUGGUGCACAUGCGGUUCAUCCAAAUUAUCCCGAAAAACAUGAAUCAGCUCAUCUUCCAAAAUUACACCACGGUCCUGUAAUUAAAUACAAUGCAAACGCACGGUACGCCACAAAUGCAUGGACUGCAGCAGUUGUUAAGAAACUUGCCAAGCAAGCUUUUAUACCAAUCCAGGAAUUUGUGGUAAAAAAUGACUCACCUUGCGGUUCUACGAUUGGUCCUAUUCUCUCUACAUUAUCAGGCAUAAAGACUGCUGAUAUAGGAAAUGCGAUGCUUAGUAUGCACAGCAUACGCGAGAUGUGUGGAACAACUGAUGUUUAUUAUCUUAUCGAAUUGAUUAAAAGCUUUUUUAAGAAUUAUAAAAACUCAUCAGAGUAAGGAAAAAAAAUCAUUGGAAACGAUAUUUUUCUUUUCAGCUGUAGGAGGAUUGAAAAUUCUUACAUUGUUGUUUUUACCUUUAUUUAAUCUGUCUUUAUAUACAUUAAACGUAGUAUUAAUCUCAUGAAAAAAAAUAGAAGUAUAAAUGUUUCAGACCAUUUGGUUCUGUAUUAUAUGCUAUGGUUGAAUAGAAUUUAAAUAGCAAAUAACAAUAUAUGUAUAUAUAACGAGAGAGAGAGAAAUAUUAUAAAAAAUGCAUUGCAUGGUAAAGUUUCCUUAGAGAUAAUUUAAAAGCAGGUUAUAUAUUUUCCCAUUUCUUUGUAUCUACCUUUAAUAAGGCUUCAUUCGAUGCUACAAGAUUCAUAACGAAAUGGGCUCCUUUAAAUACUUAUCAAUCAAACUAAACUACAUACACAUAAAAAUAUGCCGAAUAGACUCUCUUUGCACUAGAUAAGCCUCCAAACUGGUAAUUCUACCAAUUGAAAAAAAAUGCAGAAACUGGAGUCAUAAUAGGCUAAUUUUUUAGUAUUUUAGUUCACUUUUUUUAAAUUAAAAUCUAAUAGUAUAAUAUAUAAGUAUAUCUAAUAAGCACUAAAUAGGUGUGAAAAAUACAAGUGUCAAAUUUUUUACGCUCCUCUUAUUUUCGAAUUCCAUUAUUAGUUUAUAUUCUUUGAAUAAUUUUUGCCAUGUUAACGUAGUUUUUUUUUUUCAUUAAAAAUAUGAGCAGCAUUUUCUUGCUUUUCUGGAACCUGCAAAACAUCUAUAGGUAACAUCCCUAUAAACUCCUACGACGUUGUUACUUUAGUAGUGCCUUUCUAUGGCUCUUCAGUCCCACCACCUUUGGUACAGUGUCACUUUCAUGUGAAUAGAAAUAAUUCUGGAGACAUACUGGUGGUGGUGGAGGUUCAAGAGAUCCAAAAUGUACCAGAUUUCCUUACAGGUGGUGUUCGUGUUUCCGUUUGGUUUGAAGGACAGCCGUCUAGUUGUGUGACAUCUGAUGUUUUCAAUGUUCAAGGAGAAACUUCGAUUAUUAAUUUCCAACAAAUAUUUUAUUUUGGUAGCCUGACAAACAACUUGAAGCGGUAUUUCUCAUCUGAUGUGCUGUAUUUGCGUUUAGAUGGGUAUAUCUAGGGACCAGGCAGUUUGAGCAUUAGGAAUCAUUGAGGCACUAUAUCACGCUCAUUCGGAUGUAUAUAUAAAUCAUAUUGUUAUUAACAGUUAUAUAGUUAUUUUUAUCUAUUCCUUUUCCUUCUCUAAAUAAUGAUUUAACCACCACUUA